AUGCCAGGGUUUUUGGGAUGGAAGUCGUCAUCGCGAGUGGGAAGGUUUGUAUUACUCGUUACUGGAACGGUACUAGCCCUUGCUUUGAUUCAGGGAGUAGCCUUAAUAUCUCAACCGAUCACUGUCCAUGUUAAUACGCCGUCUAUAAAUCAUGAGAGCCUACAGAGUUCUCCCAGCACGACUCCGAUUGACACCACCUCGCCAAUUGUCACGGAACCUGCAGAAGUCUCUCAAAAGCCAAAUUACGCCUUUGCAACAAUAAUCACUGGAGAAGGGGACACUGAGACGGAGGUCAAAGAUGCCUAUUUCACCGCAACACGACUACUCACCUAUCAACUUUUAUACAGCCCUCAAACGAAGUCGCGAUCAGGCCAUAUUCCCUUUCUUGUCCUAGUUACGAAGGAAGUACCCCAAGAGCAACGGGACAUUCUCACAAAGGAGGGUGCUACGGUCAUUCCAGCUGAAACCCUUGAAAGGGAAUGGAUCCACCCAAAAUGGAGUCGCUGGAUCGAUGUUCUUGCGAAGUUGAACUUGUGGAGGCUUACUGAAUUCGAAAAGAUCGCGUUUAUGGAUGCCGACAGUAUUAUCCUCCAUCCUUUAGAUGAUAUCUUCACCGAUCCCACCACGGAUAUCCAGCAAACCGUCCCCCCUCGAGAAGGUGUGGAUGAUAACAUGAACAUUACUGUUCCUCUGCCUGAAACAUACCUCCUCUCCGGUAUUCAUGAUCGGUGGGUAGAGAUGGCACUACCCCCAGUUCCUGGAAAAGAGUUUUAUGUGGCAAACAAUUAUAUGAAUGCAGGCUUCUUCGUCUGUUCACCCUCCGAGCUACUCUUCAACUACUAUGUUUCCCUUCUCGAUACGCCGGACCGAUUCGAUGCGUCAUACCCGGAGCAAAAUCUUUUGAACUUCGCUCAUAAAACAGACAGCCGCAUGCCUUGGCGUGAAUUGGGACCUGGGUGGAAUCAUAAACCGAUAGCUGUUAGUAAGGAUGAUCUGGAGAACUUCAAGUCUCUUCAUCAGAAAUGGUGGCGCCCGAUCGCUGAUAAGGAUGCUGCUGAGUAUAUUCGGAAUACAGUACAAGAGAUGGAAGACUUCUUCCAACACAGGACAAUAUGA